AUCAUUUCCGUACUGACUCCCUCUUUCGGCAUCCCGGUGAAGACACCAGCAUACGUCAUGGUGGAGCCAGUGCCCGAAACCAUUAACUUCGCAUCCGAGGAGGAGCGCAUCCUGAAGUUCUGGGAUGGAAAGGACUGUUUCCAGGAAUGCCUAAAACAAUCCAAGAGUAGGCCAAGAUACACAUUCUAUGAUGGGCCACCAUUUGCCACAGGUCUCCCCCAUUACGGGCACAUCCUGGCUGGAACCAUCAAAGACAUUGUCACCAGGUUCGCCCAUCAAAGUGGCUACUAUGUGGAGCGGAGGUUUGGCUGGGAUUGCCAUGGCUUACCUGUGGAAUAUGAGAUUGACAAAACACUGGGGAUUACAGGACCUGACGAUGUUGCUAAGAUGGGCAUUGCAGAGUAUAAUAAGCAGUGUAGAGGCAUUGUAAUGAGAUACUCUACUGAGUGGGAGCAAUCUGUGAAAAGACUGGGGCGCUGGAUUGAUUUCAAGAAUGAUUACAAGACUCUUUAUCCGUGGUUCAUGGAGACUGUCUGGUGGGUGUUUAGGCAGCUCUAUGAUAAAGGCUUGGUCUACAGAGGGUUCAAAGUCAUGCCCUUCUCCACUGCCUGCAACACACCUCUAUCCAACUUUGAGUCUCACCAGAAUUAUAAGGACGUCCAAGAUCCAUCAGUUAUUGUGAAUUUCCCUCUUCUGGAUGAUGCAAAUGUGUCUCUCAUUGCGUGGACCACCACUCCGUGGACCCUCCCCAGUAACCUGGCAUUGUGUGUUAAUCCUGAGCUCCAGUAUGUAAAGGUCAGAGAUAAUACCACUGAGAAGGUGUACAUCAUGAUGGAGGCGAGGCUCGUAGCUCUCUUUAAGGCCGAGGGUGAAUACACCGUCCUGGAGAAGUUCCCUGGCAAGUCACUGAAAGGAAAGAAGUACAAACCUCUCUUUGAGUACUUUGUCAAGUGCAAGGAGAGAGGAGCCUUCUCCGUCUUGCUGGAUAACUACGUCAGCGCAGAGGACGGUACAGGGGUGGUCCACCAGGCCCCGUAUUUCGGAGCUGAUGAUUAUCGAGUGUGCAUGGAGAACAGCAUCAUCCAGAAAGACUCUGAACCCGUCUGCCCCGUCGACUCCACGGGCUGUUUCACCCCAGAGGUGCCAGACUUUGUGGGCCAGUAUGUUAAGGAUGCAGACAAGAACAUCAUCAAGUGGCUGAAAGAAAAUGGACGUCUCGUCACUUCCAGCUCUUACAAGCAUAACUAUCCUUUCUGCUGGAGGUCUGACACACCACUGAUCUAUAAAGCAGUGCCCAGCUGGUUUGUGAGUGUGGAGCACAUGGUGGAUAAGCUUCUGGAAAACAAUGCCAAAUGCUACUGGGUCCCUGAUUUUGUGAAGGAGAAGCGCUUUGGGAACUGGCUAAGAGAUGCACGUGACUGGGCAGUCUCACGGAACCGUUACUGGGGGACCCCCAUCCCAUUAUGGGUUAGCGAUGAUUAUGAGGAGGUGGUGUGUGUGGGUUCCGUGGAAGAACUGGCCGAGCUCACAGGUGUGAAAGUAACUGAUCUGCAUCGGGAGAGCAUCGACCAUUUGACCAUUCCGUCUCGCUGUGGGAAGGGGGAGCUGCGGAGAGUGCCUGAGGUCUUUGACUGCUGGUUUGAGAGUGGCAGCAUGCCUUAUGCCCAGGUGCACUACCCCUUUGAGAACCGCCGGGAGUUUGAGGACAGCUUCCCUGCAGACUUCAUCGCAGAGGGCAUUGACCAGACCAGAGGAUGGUUUUACACCUUGCUGGUGCUGUCAUCUGCACUGUUUGGCAAACCGCCAUUCAAGAACGUGAUCGUCAACGGACUGGUCCUAGCAAGCGAUGGGCAAAAAAUGAGCAAGAGAAAGAAGAAUUACCCAGACCCGAAUCUGGUCGUGCAGAACUAUGGUGCCGACGCCCUUAGACUCUACCUGAUCAAUUCUCCAGUGGUACGUGCUGAAAACCUGCGUUUCAAAGAGGAGGGAGUGAGGGAUGUGCUUAAAGACGUCUUCCUGCCGUGGUACAACGCCUACCGCUUCCUCGUACAGAACGUGCUGAGGCUUCACAAGGAGGAGGGCAUCCAGUUCCUCUACAACGAGAACACGGCCAGGCCCAGUGACAACAUUAUGGAUAAAUGGAUCCAGUCCUUCACCCAAUCCCUCAUCCAGUUCUUUAAGACUGAAAUGGAGGGGUACAGAUUGUACACAGUUGUGCCCAGACUUGUCAAGUUUGUGGACAUGCUGACCAACUGGUAUGUGAGGACCAACCGCAGGCGUCUGAAGGGUGAGAGUGGAACUCAAGACUGCAUGUGGGCCUUAGAGACUCUCUUCAGCGUGCUCUUCUCCAUGUGCCGACUGAUGGCUCCGUUCACACCGUUCAUUACUGAGCUGAUGUAUCAGAACAUGCGCCAUCUCAUUGAUCCUGCAAUGAUGGAGGAGAAGGACACCAGUAGCAUCCAUUACCUUAUGCUGCCACAAGUCAGAGAGUCGCUAAUUGACAAACGUAUUGAAAGUGCCGUCUCGCAAAUGCAGUCCGUCAUUGAACUGGGACGAGUUAUCAGGGACAGGAAGACCCUCCCCGUCAAGUAUCCCCUCAAGGAGGUGGUCGUUAUCCAUCAAGACCCCGAGGCUUUGAAGGAUAUCCAGGACCUGCAGAAUUACAUUUUGGAGGAACUGAACGUCCGCCAACUCACGCUGUCCACCGACAAAGAUAAAUAUGGCAUUAGACUGAGGGCAGAGCCUGAUCACAUGGUGCUGGGCAAGCGACUGAAGGGGGCAUUCAAGUCUGUCAUGGCAUCCAUCAAGGAACUGAAGAGUGAACAGCUGGAGGUGUUCCAAAAGACUGGUUCCAUUGUUGUGGAUGGACAUGAGCUACAUGAGGAAGACUUGCGUCUGAUGUACUCUUUUGAUCAGGCAUCAGGAGCAGCCGCACAAUAUGAAGCACACUCUGAUGCCCAAGUCCUCGUCCUGCUAGACAUUACUCCAGACCAGUCCAUGGUGGAUGAGGGCGUAGCUCGUGAAGUGAUCAACCGCAUACAGAAACUGCGCAAAAAGGCUCACCUGGUUCCAUCCGACGAGAUCACCGUGUACUACAGCUCUCAGCCUGCUGGAGACUACCUGGGCAAAGUUGUUCAGGAACACACUGACUUUAUCCUUGCUACUAUCAAGGCUCCUCUGAAACCUUACCCAGUGCCAAAGAAUGCCAGCAUUAUCAUCCAGGAGAAAACUCAGCUGAAAGGUUCGGAUUUGGAUUUGACCAUCGCUAAAGGAGCGGCAGAUUCUAGAGCCCCUCUGUCUGGUCCGGCCUGUGCAUAUGUCAAUGUGAAAGUCACCCUCAAUAACAAAGAGCAAGAGGGUGCUAUUUUGCUGGAGAAUCCCAGAGGAGACAAUAAAAUGGAUACAGACAAACUGAAAAUGGUCUGUCGCAGUAUAUUCGGAGUCAACAACACUGAAUUGGCAGUGUUCCAAGGGAAAACAGAGGUGACCAGGAGUUGUGGUCUGUUUAGCCUGAAGGGUAAGACAUUGGUGGUGUCUUCGGGUGCCAAACCUAAUAAUGUACCGAGCUCUGACACACUGGUCUGCCCAUAUAUCAACCUCCAGCUUACCAACGCCCAACCCACAGAGUGCCAGACUGGGGAUGUGGCGACCUUGCUGCUUGAGAACCCAGUGGGCCAGAAUGCACUGAGGCAUGAGGACCUUGCGCAGGAAACGGCCAAAGUCUUUGGGCUCAGGGGCAGAAAGCUGAAGCUUUACCUGGAUGAGGACCUUACACAAGAAAUCACUGAAAACUCUGUGAAGACAUUGAACACGAAGACUCUCUACGUAAAAGUUUUACCCACAACGGCAGAAGCUUAGUGAUUUGGAGGGGAAAAAAAAAGAGAUCUCCUUUUAAUGAUGUCAGUCAGAACAUGUCAGCAUAACAUGUUUAUUUUUCAUCUCUCAAUUCCAUUAAAGAAUACUUGUCUACUCCUCAAAAAUGAAACCUCGUGAUCAUAGUCUCCACAUCUGUCUGCCUUUAAUGGUUGGGGCACUUAUAUUUAACCUAAUUAUACAAUAAACGCAUUUAGAUGUCUGUCUUUAUGGAAUUGGCUUCACACCUUCUCAGGUAAAUGUGGGUGUUUGUAGUUACAAAGGGAAGUGCAGCAUUCUUUGCUAUAGUGAAGUUUUCAUAAAGAAAAAGAUUGAAUCAUGGAAGCUGUUUAGAUACAACCAUUCACACAGAAGGAGCUUGAUGUGUGCUUGAAAAUUCAGGGAAGCAACUCUCAAGCCAGUGCAGUCCCAAAAUGACUUAAUUAUGUGCUCCUGUGUACUGAAUACAUGCCUAAACAUUGACCUUUUAGGAACUAAGUCAUGAAUCUUCGCUGCCUCUCUUUGACUUAACUUGGGCUCAUUAGAAUGUCUGCACUGUCUGUUCUGAUUUGCCGGGGUGACUGUUGAGGGAAAAAUUACUGGGUUUUUUUUCCUUUUCAACAUGAAACAGGGAAGAUGGCAUGACAGAAGCAGCCAUCUGUUUUCACUGACGGUUAAAUUUUGCUCUGUGGGUCAUAAGUAAUCAAUCAAAUACUUUUGACAAUAAAUUGUUGAAUUACAAA